CAAUAUCAACAACAACUUAAAACGCUCCAACAAAGCCAAAGUCGGCCUAUUCAUACAAAAGUCCAAUCGCAACCAACACCCGAUACCCCUUCGUUAGACGAUUUGGAUGACAUUGACGUUGUACCCGAAACCCAACCACAAAGUUCUAAGAAAACAUCUAAAAAAAGCUUUCAAAGAGUCCGGAACAAGAUAAUUUAACCACCGGUAGAGGUCAAACUUGGACAUCGAUCGAAUAGAUGGCGUUGGCAAGGGCAUGGACCAAUACGUCUACGUGUCCGAUCGUAGGUAAUAAUCAAAAGUCUGAUAGUUUUUGGAAGGAGGUUUGCAACAAAUUUCAUGCUUUGAUGCAAAAAGAACCGUACCGAAGAGUGAACUCAAUAGGCUCAAAGUAUCGAGAGAUGAAUAAGAAGAUAUCGGCGUUUUGUGGUUAUUACAACAAUGCUCAUUCGAAUCGGCCAAGUGGGGCAAGUGAUGAAACGGUUUUUGCCAAAGCUAUGUCAAAAUACCAUACGAAAGAAGGUAGUGCAUUCACAUACGUAGGGGCUUGGGAUAUCUUUAAAAAUUGUCCCAAGUGGGCGCCGGUUCCUAACGAGGUGGUAAGGGCAAAAAGGUCUAAAACAUUUGAGUCGAUGGAGCAUAGUGCCGGUGAUUCGGAUGUGCGUUGCCAUAUUAAUAUUAAUGACGAACCCAAGUUUGAUGAUGAAGUGACAGAGAUUCUGGAAUUGAAGCGCCCAAACGGUAGAGACAAAGCAAAAAAGGAAGCGGCGGCCAAAAAGAAAGAGGUGUUGACAAAAAAUGAAUCUCCGAGUGAAACGAAGGUGGAUAAGUUGAUGAGCAAGAUCACCGAAUUUAACGAAAUACUAGCGGCGAGACUUAAGUUGAAAGAAAAAGAAAUGCAAGAAGCGGCCGAUCGUGAAGACUUUAAGCUAAUGGCGACAAACAUCGACUCGCUCCCAGAAAAAGAUAAAGAAGUGUUGCAAAAAAUGAAGGCGAAAAUUGCUCAAAAUGGGGUCUUUAAAUUAUGGCGUUAUCAUUUUUUAUAUUUUCUAGUUUACGUCUUUAAUUUAUGUCUCCAUCAUUUUUAUAUUUUCUAG